AUCGGAAGGGGAAGUAAUCCGAAACAUGGCGUCGGACCGAAAGAGGACACAUGCCAGUUUCAUGAAUUUUUUUCCAUUUAAACAGACAAAUAGUAUAGUAUGACAAUAUGCAGCCUGUACCGAAAGAUAUGGCUAAAGCACUUGAGAUAGAGUGUGGAUACUGUGAUGACGAACAUGAUGUUGCGGACUCGGAGUUGCCAAUUGCGUACAACGAGCUUCGACAUCGUGAAAAAAUUGAGGGUUCAAAAAAGGUCACGCAGUCGUGGCGAAUGAAAGAGCGUAUGAAGACUGUAAGUGUUGCCCUUGUGUUAUGUUUGAAUGUUGGAGUAGAUCCACCAGAUGUUGUAAAGACAUCUCCAUGUGCUAGGUUGGAAUGCUGGAUAGAUCCUCUAGCGCAGAGCCCUCAGAAAGCCCUAGAAGCUAUAGGAGCUAACCUGCAAAAACAGUAUGAGAGAUGGCAACCAAGGGCACGUUACAAGCAGACCCUGGACCCUACUGUAGAAGAGGUUAAAAAAUUGUGCACAUCACUGCGGCGAAAUGCAAAGGAAGAAAGAGUUUUGUUCCAUUACAAUGGACAUGGUGUACCAAAACCAACUGUGAAUGGAGAAAUCUGGGUAUUUAACAAGAGUUACACACAGUAUAUACCACUGUCUAUCUAUGAUCUACAAACAUGGAUGGGAAGCCCUUCUAUAUAUGUAUAUGACUGUUCACAUGCUGGAGUGAUAGUGGAUCUCUUCAAACAGUUUUCCAUACAGAGGGAACAAGAAUCAGAGGCUGUGAAUGGCAAAUCCCUGUCAUCAACUGCAACUUCCACAAUGAAACAUUGUAUACAGCUGGCUGCAUGCGGUGCCAAUGAACUACUGCCUAUGAAUUCUGAACUUCCAGCUGAUCUUUUCACUUCAUGUCUAACUACACCUAUCAAAAUUGCCCUCAAAUGGUAUGUGCUGCAGAACACAAGUAAAUUGGUACCUGGCCUCACACAAGACUUGGUUGAUAAGGUUCCUGGUAUGUUGAAUGACAGAAGAACUAUGUUGGGAGAACUGAAUUGGAUAUUUACAGCUAUAACAGAUACCAUAGCAUGGAACACUCUCCCUAGAGAUGUGUUCCAAAGAUUAUUCCGUCAAGAUUUACUGGUUGCAAGUUUGUUCCGUAACUUUCUGCUGGCAGAGAGAAUCAUGCGAUCUUACAACUGUACUCCAAUAUCUGGACCAACUCUGCCACCUACAUAUCAGCAUCCUAUGUGGCAAGCAUGGGACCUAGCGUUAGAUCUAUGUUUGAGACAGCUGCCCAAACUGCUGGAAGAUGACAGUGCAGUAUUUCAACACAGUCCUUUCUUCACAGAGCAACUAACAGCGUUUGAUGUCUGGUUGAAGUAUGGAGCAGAAAGUCGUGCUCCACCAGAGCAACUGCCUAUUGUGCUACAGGUGUUACUAAGUCAGGUGCACAGACUGAGAGCUCUAGAACUUCUUGGGCGAUUCCUGGAUCUUGGACCUUGGGCUGUCAGUCUGGCUUUAUCAGUUGGAAUAUUUCCAUAUGUGUUGAAGUUACUGCAGAGUAAUGCAAGGGAAUUGAGACCACUUCUUGUCUUCAUCUGGGCUAAAAUACUUUCAGUUGACAGUUCAUGUCAAGCAGAUCUUGUGAAAGAUAAUGGACACAAGUACUUCCUGUCUGUAUUAGCUGAUCCAUACAUGCCGUCUAAACAGAAGUCAAUGGCAGCAUUUGUGUUGGCCAUGAUGGUGAAUGAAUACAGACAAGGGCAGGAGGCAGCUCUGCAGGGCAGUGUUGUUGCCAUUUGUUUGGACCAGCUCUACGAUUCAAGCCCAUUGUUGCGCCACUGGCUUGCACUGUGCCUAGCUAAGGUGUGGACAAACUUUGACAGUGCACGUUGGUGUGGUGUGCGAGAUACAGCUCAUGAGAAACUCUAUAAACUGUUAAAUGAUGAGGAACCAGAAGUGCGAGCUGCAGCAGUGUAUGCUCUUGGUACAUUCAUCAGUAAUGUUAGUGAGAAAAGCGACCAUGCUACCAGUAUAGAUCUUGGUGUUGGUAUGAAACUUGUACAGGUUGCUCACGAUGGCAGUCCACUUGUUAGAAAGGAACUGGUUGUUGCUUUUGGAGGAUUAGUUUCUCACUUUGAGACUCAGUUUGCCGUUGCAGCUACACAGUUGAUUGAGGAUGAGAAGAUACGGGACCGGACACCCGCUGUACUGACAGGAGAGGCUCCGGGUGGGUGGAAUCUUGUAUCCCCUGGCUCCCCAGAGGGAGUAUUUACCGGACUUUCAAGUUCGAAUAAUUUGAAGAGAUCAUCAUCCCGAGGCAGCCUCCGAGCCCUUCUCUCCUCCACUUCUUCAGCCACCUCAGUUGCUCCAAGCCCCCUUGCAGUACCUAAUACAGCAUUAAAUAGCUCCAUGGAGAACCUGUCACAUCUUGAGCUACCAUCUACAUCAACACGUAUCCCACGUGCCAUGUCAACUAAUGCAAUAUCAAACCUCAUGUUCAACAAUGUUUAUACCAAUGUGUGGAAAGCACUCACACAGCUGUCCAUUGAUCCAGAGUCACAAGUUGCUGGUAUGGCAAAAUGUCUGGUGAGACUAGUAAAGUCAAAAAUAACGACAAACAGCAAACCUCGACAUAUGCCAAACAGCAGCACGAGUAGCUCACAGUCUGCUCCAUCUAGCCCCUCAAAUAAAGUCCUCACUGUAGGGACACCACCUCAGUUAAGUAGUGUGUUUGAAGAAUCCUUAGAACAGAAACGCGAGUCUCCAUCACGCAUCACUAUAGUACCAAACCCAGCAAGUCCAUAUGCAUACUCAGCACAGUUCAGUAGGUCCAGAAAAAUGUUUGACAAGGGACCAAACACGGACAUGAAAUUGUUUGAAAACCAGAUUGAGGACAAAGAUGAUGAGAAAGAUGGUAAAGGUCAGAUGCAUAGUAUCAGUACAGAGUUCUUUGAGUGGAGUUGUAAACAUUUUGUUCAGCCUAUUAUGAGAUUGUCUGACGAGGAAGACAGUGAGAGUAGUUCAUACCUGCAGAGAGAGUUCCGAUUUGACAGGAAUACACACGUGAGAGAGGAGGCACAGGAUGAACAAGCAAAGGCUGGUUUCAACAGACUAGACAACGAGAUAUUUGUGAAUAGAAAUCAAGGAAUACCGUCUGUGAUAAAAUUCCAUCCAUAUGAGUCUGAGUUAGCUGUAGCUGACAAGGAUGGCGUUGCGUUUUGGGACUGGGAGCAAGGUCCGAAACUUGGCUACCUGGUAAAUGGUAACCCCCGUCACACAAGAAUAACAUCACUGGAAUAUAUCAAUGCUCAUGAUAACACACUGCUUCUUUGUGGAUCAGAUGAUGGUUGUGUGAAGCUGUGGAGAAAUUAUAUCUCAGAUAACGAGUCUGAGAUAGAGCUGGUCACUGCAUUCCAGGCUGUUAGUGAAAUGUUACCACUUAACAGAGGUUCAGGGUUGGUCAGCUACUGGGAACAGGAUACUGGAAUGUUACUUACCUCAGGAGAUGUUAGAUUUAUCAGGAUCUGGGAUUCACAGAAAGAAAUCAAAGUUCAGGAUAUUCCAACUGGGGCUGACAGUUGUGUAACAUGUUUGGCCUCGGACAUGUCAGGGAGAUCAUUACUCAUUGCUGGCUGUGGUGAUGGAACUGUCAGACUGUUUGAUAGGAGACUUGCACCUACAGAAUGUCGAGUGAUGACAUUGAGGGAACAUCCAAGAUGGGUAGUCAAAGUUCAUCUACAGAAAGGUACAGAAGGAAAAAUUGUUACUGCAAGUAAUGCUGGAGAUGUGAGGUUCUGGGAUCCGAGAUUCACAGAGAGUGUGAGGUGUAUGAAUCUACAGUCCAGCUUUACCAGUGUAGAUCUACAUCCAAGAGCUGAUGUUCUGGCCUGCGGGUCCAUGAACCAGUAUAUUGGAGUGUAUAACCAGUCUGGGGAUACUCUCAGUACAAUCAAAUACCACGAUGGCUUUAUAGGUCAGAGAAUUGGUGCAAUAACUUCAUUAGCUUUCCAUCCAUAUAGGGUUAAACUAGCAGCAGGCAGUACGGACUCUUACGUUUCUGUAUACUCCACUUCAUUGAGACGCAGCUGAUAGAGGCUUCAUAUUAUGUAGCAUUUACACUAUUCUCAUUGCUGAGAUAAUCUCCACCAAGCUUCAUAAUAAUGCCUGUGAUGUAAACCAAAUAUCUAGUUUACCUUGCACACACGCUAAACAAAGGAGCUGGAAGAGGUGAGAGUUGAUCACUGUGUGUAAGCUCAAACCCUACAUGGUAGGACCCUGAUGCUGUACCAGGAUAGUAUUUACCGUGAGAUCAGCGGGCAGAUCAUCCCUGUAUGUAUCUACCUUUCAAGGCACGAACAUUCUGACAGAAUGAAAUACGAGUCAUCAAGUGUCUAUUUGCAGCAGCAGGGAACAUUUUGGAAAAACAUUAAUGCUGAUCUGCCAAAUUAUUGCAGCUUCUGAAAGAGGUUAAUGUAUAAAACUUGAAUGCAUAUUCUGAUAUAGAUUUGUGGCAGUGCUCUACAAUUCUUGCUUAUGCUCUCUUUUAUUAUUUGCCAGAUUGUGUUGUAACCUGCAGUCUCACAUACCUGUUACAAAGCUUAUUACUGUAUAUAAAGAUUUUUGAACACACAUUUGUCAAAAUGAUUUUAAGAAAAUCCGUCUUUGAAGCAUUGGUGAGGUGAAGAGGAUGUUCACAGAUUUUAUAUGUGGAAUCAACAGAAAAUUUCUCAUACUAACAAACUGCACAAAGGUUUAGGUUGGGAAAAAUAAUACCUGUGUUCAGGGUCUCCAGGCAGGCCAUAUAAUUCAGCCCCAACCAUAACAUUCUUAUUUUUUCAUCUUGAAUAUAAAAUUUGGAAAUAUUUGCUGUCAGAAAUGAAUUUCAGGAAUAUUUUGGUAAAACUUGUUAAAAUUCAUUUGUAAGAAAUUUUAUAGCUGUUAUUUACUUCUUUAUGACACUUCUUCUUAAAAUGAAAAUGAGAUAAAAAAAAAUUGACUACAUUCCUACCUAAUUUUUUGUCAGGUAAUCUUGAACAGGUAUUUUUUAUGGCUUUAGAAGUGAUGGUGAACACUUUAUGAGUAAAGACUGUUGUGGCAGAAAUGAUCUAGGUAUGAACUAUUAAUAGUGGUUUAAUGGAGGACAAUUGAACACAGAUUUCUUGUUGAUAGCAGUCGAAGAUUUUUUCUACCCAUGCAAGGCUUUAUAUGUAUAAGAAUAAUAAAAAUUUAGAAUGACAUUCUACCUUCAAGAUUCGACUUCAGCUCAACAAAUUAAGUGUUGAACUAUAGACUGGACAAUAGCACAAACUAUGGACCAGUGAUGUAUAAAGGGAGUUGUGUAAUGAUUAUGGUUAUAUAACCACAUGUUGCAGUGAAAUUUGGUGUACAAGGUUUGGUAGCUUAAGUAGAAUGAAAAUAAUGUUUUGGUUUCAAAUGUUGCCUUCUAAAGUCAAAGGCAGAUGAUAUACAAAAACAUGUUGUGUCGGAGAGUAUUCUAGUAUUGUGUAUUCUGAAGAAUGUGAAUAGUUUUUGAGAUUUUAAUUCUGCUUGUCUAAAUUCAUAUGAUAAUGAAUUUUGUGUCUUAAAAUGCCAAGAAUGUCUGUUGUAAAAGUUUUAAAGAUAGAAGAAAUAGCAAUGAUUUAGCUUGCUGAUUUUGGUCUGGUUUCUCAGUAGAAACUACUCUACAAUAUGUAUCUUAUAUUUAAAUAAAUUCCUACUUUAGGAGCAAUGAAAUGAAAAAAGUGACAGUCUGUGAUUAUGAUAAAAUGUGUAUUUUCAGAUAUUUGUAAAAUAAUUGUAGAUCCUUUUAUUUAUAAGAAAGGUACUAUCAGUUUUAAAGUGUUGUCAGCUAUGUACCUGCAUUUCACUUGACAGUAUCAUAUCAUUAUCAAACAAUCAUACCAUCCCACACAAAUCUUUUAGUAUAUUAUACAUUCAUCCAAAUUGCUUUGGAUACCUGGAAUGGGUAUUUUGACUUUAACAUAUUGUUACAGAAAGACCAUUUUCUUUCUUAGAAGCAUAAAUUGUAAAAGGAAAAUUGCAGAAGCAAUAUUCAGGCAGUAAUGUUACAUGUGCUGAAAGCUUGACUAGCAUAGUAGUAUUGUUCAUAUUGAAAAUGUGUGUGCCAAAAUCAAUUUGUUUUAUGCUCAGAAAAAUUGUUAUCUCAUCGUUGCCCAAAUACCAGCAAACCUCUGUGACAUACCUCAAUCUGUCAAAUUAAGAGUGUUUUAGUUAUGGCUUUUUGGAAAGGAUAAAGCUGUAUAUUCUAUGGCAUGAUAUCAUGGUAGUUUAAAUAAAGAGAAAUGUACAUCAUGUUACUGUACAUUGUAAAUACAUGAUAGGAAUCUGUCACUUGAAGGUGUGGAUUGAAAUACCUGGUUGAAGGGUAUCUGUUAGAGGGUAACAGUCACUUUUAGAGUUUUAACCAAAAAAAACCAAAGUAUUCUGAGAGCCAGAUAUUUCUAUCUACACUACAAUCAUUGUUUAAUUCUUUUUCUUGCACACUGUAUUCCUCAAAUAUUAAAAGAAAUGAAAUAAACAAGUGCUUUUUAUGCCCCCGAAGGGAGGCAUAUUAGUUUUCAACUGUCUGUUCGUUCGUUCGUCCGUCACAACAUUAACUUUUUGCAUGAAGGCACUUUACUCGCGAACCACUGCACCCAGGACCUUCAAACUUCACUUGCCGGUAGUACUUAUUGAGUACACCACCCCUACUGACUUUGGAGUCACCAGGUCAAAGGUCAAGGUCACAGGGGCCAACGUUAACUUUUUGCAUGAAGGCAUUUUACUCGCAAACCACUGCACCCAGAACCUUCAAACUUCACUUGCUGAUAGUUGAGUACACCACCCUACUGACUUUGGGGUCACCAGGUCAAAGGUCAAGGUCACAGGGGCCAACGUUAACUUUUUGCAUGAAGGCACUUCACUCGCGAACCACUGCACCUAGGACCUUCAAACUUCACAUGCAGAUAGUACUUAUUGAGUACACCACCCCUACUGACUUUGGGGUCAAAGGUCAAGGUCACAGGGGCCAACGUUAACUUUUUGCAUGAAGGCACUUUACUCGCGAACCACUGCACCCAGGACCUUCAAACUUACAUGCUGAUAGUACUUAUUGAGUACACCACCCUACUGACUUUGGGAUCACCAGGUAAAAGGUUAAGGUCACAGGGGCCAAUGUUAACUUUUUGCAUGAAGGCACUUUACUCGUGAACCACUUAACCCAGAACCUUCAAACUUCACAUGCUGAUAGUACUUAAUGAAUACAUCCCCACUACUGACUUUGGGGUCACCAGGUCAAAGGUCAAGGUCACUGGGGCCAACGUUAACUUUUUGCAUGAAGGCACUUUAUUCACGAACCACUGCACCCAGGACCUUCAAACUUCACAUGCUGAUAGUACUUACUGAGUACACCACCCCUACUGACUUUGGGGUCACCAGGUCAAAGGUCACGGUCACAGGAGCCAACGUUAACUUUUUGCAUGAAGGCACUUUACUCGCGAACCACUUCACCCAGGACCUUCAAACUUCACAUGCUGAUAGUACUUAUUGAGUACACCACCCCUACUGACUUUGGGGGUCACCAGGUCAAAGGUCAAGGUGCUGCGGGGGCAUUUGUCAUUUGUCACCAUUAAUGAAAGCUCUUGUUAAGCACUAUUUCAAUACAGUUGCAUAUGAACUUGCUUCAUAAAUUAUAGCAAGUGAGUUAAACUAAAAUAAGACAAGUCCUUUAGCACCAGUGAAAACUUGGGAAAAUACGUCGUGCAAGAUUCAUCUUUGGAAAAACAUACUUACAAACAAGCAUUUAUUGGUUGAUAAGCACUUUAGUGAUUAUGUAUUUUAUGAUAAGGGCAUAAAGGCUAAGUGACUUUAAGACUUUAAUAUAAAUUUAAUUUUUCAAAGUGCUACAAUAUCCAGGUAGUUAUUUUGUUUCCUGUCUUUUUGCAGUAGAGAGAUCAGAUGUUGUUGAUGUGCUUGUAAAGAAAUUGAUAGUUUUUCAUGUUAUAGAAAUGUCUAUGUUAAAAUGAAUUGUGAUAGAGAGAAAAAUGUGAUAAAAUUGUUAGUUGCUCCAGGGUCUUUCAAAAAUUUUGAGUGUACCUGGUUGUUCUAAUUUCCUUAUCUGUGUAACAUGUAAUCAUUUUAGUCUGUGUUUAUUAUUCAUUGCUCAUGUUCAUGAAUUGUACAAAACAUAAAAAUUUGUAUAUUUAUUAUUGAAAUCAGAUGCAUUCACAGGAGAAGCUGAAAGUGGAACAAAACUUAUGCCAGAUUGUUCAUGUGUCCUAAGUCAAAUUGAUAUGAUAAAUAUUUUAGCAAGAUUUUUUUCUGCUCAACGCCAGCUUCUUGUCAAAAUUAUCUGAACUUUUGGAAGUACACUACCGGUACUUGCAGCUAUUUUCAUUCCACAUCUAGUCUCAUGGUAUUUGAUUUUUGUGAGCAGAGAAAUGUGCAGGGCUUCAUACAGGAAAGAUUUGACCACCUUUUGCACUUAAUUUAGGGAAAGGUAGUAUAACUAUUAUUUUUAAGUAAACAUAGACAUUUUAUUGUGUGUAAAUAUUGAUGAAGAUACCCUGCCAAUGUCUUGCAUUCUUACUGAAAUAAUUUUAAAUGUGAUUCACAUGAAAUUAUUUAAAAAAUAUGAGGGUCCAGUAAAUUUUUCACUUUCACAGGAAGUGUAGCAUGUAGCAUGCCUUACCAUGAAAUUAGAAUUAACACCCUUGGUAAAAGUGAAGGUCACAUGUACCAGAAAAUUUAUGGAUUUAAAAGAAAACAAUAUCAGAAAUCUGAUUUUCUGUUUGAAAAAUAUUUGCAAGGAAAAUGUUUACUUAGUAAAUAGAAAAUAAUAGUGUAGUAAUUUUGUUUUCCUUUUUUAGCUCACCUCUCACAAAGUGACAAGGUGAGCUUUUGUGAUCGUGCGGUGUCCGUCGUCCGUCCGUCCGUCCGUCUGUAAACUUUUGCUUGUGACCACUCUAGAGGUCACAUUUUUCAUGGGAUAUUUAUGAAAGUUGUUCAUCUUCAUGAUAUCUAGGUCAAGUUCGAAACUGGGUCACGUGCCUUCAAAAACUAGGUCAGUAGGUCUAAAAAUAGAAAAACCUUGUGACCUCUCUAGAGGCCAUAUAUUUCACAAGAUCUUCAUGAAAAUUGGUCAGAAUGUUCAUCUUGAUGAUAUCUAGGUCAAGUUCGAAACUGGGUCAAGUGCCGUCAAAAACUAGGUCAGUAGGUCUAAAAAUAGAAAAACCUUGUGACUUCUCUAGAGGCCAUAUAUUUCACAAGAUCUUCAUGAAAAUUGGUCAGAAUGUUCAUCUCGAUGGUAUCUAGGUCAAGUUCGAAACUGGGUCACAUGCCAUCUAAAAAUAGGUCAGUAGGUCAAAUAAUAGAAAACCUUGUGACCUCUCUAAAGGCCAUAUUUUUCAUGGGAUCUGUAUGAAAGUUGGUCUGAAUGUUCAUCUUGAUGAUAUCUAGGUCAAGUUCGAAACUGGGUCACAUGCGGUCAAAACUAGGUCAGUUGUUCUAAAAAAUAGAAAAAUCUUGUGACCUCUCUAGAGGCCAUAUAUUUCAUGAGAUCUUCAUGAAAAUUGGUCAGCUUGUUCAUCUUGAUGAUAUCUAGGUCAAGUUCGAAAGUGGGUCACGUGCCUUCAAAAAGUAGGUCAAUAGGUCAAAUAAUAGAAAAACCUUGUGACCUCUCUAGAGGCCAUAAUUUUCAUGGGAUCUGUAUGAAAGUUGGUCUGAAUGUUCAUCUUGAUGAUCUCUAGGUCAAGUUCGAAAGUGGGUCACAUGCCGCCAAAAACUAGGUCAGUAGGUCAAAUAAUAGAAAAACCUUGUGACCUCUCUAAAGGCCAUAUUUUUCAUGGGAUCUGUUUGAAAAUUGGUCUGAAUGUUUAUAUUGAUGAUAUCUAGGUCAAGUUCGAAACAGGGUCAUUUGCGGUCAAAAACUAGGUCAGUAGAUCUAAAAAUAGAAAAACUUGUCACCUCUAUAGAGGCCAUACUUGUGAAUGGAUCUCCAUAAAACUUGGUCAGAAUGUUCACCUUGAUGAUAUCUAGGUCAAGUUUGAAACUGGGUCACGUGCCUUACAAAACUAGGUCAGUAGGUCAAAUAAAAAAAAAACCUUGUGACCUCUCUAGAGGCCAUACUUUUCAUGGGAUCUGUAUGAAAGUUGGUCUGAAUGUUCAUCUUGAUGAUAUCUAGGUCAAAUUUGAAACUGGGUCAACUGCGAUCAAAAACUAGGUCAGUAGGUCUAAAAUUAUUAUUAUCUUUUGACCUCUCUAGAGGCCAAAUUUUUCAAUGGAUCUUCAUGAAAAUUGAUCUGAAUUUUCACCUUGAUGAUAUCUAGAUAAAGUUCAAAACAGGGUCACGUACCUUCGAAAACUAGGUCAAUAGGUCAAAUAAUAGAAAAACCUUGUGACCUCUCUAGAGACCAUAUUUUUCAAUGGAUCUUCAUGAAAAUUGGUCAGAAUUUUUAUCUUGAUAAUAUCUAGGUCAAGUUCAAAACUGGGUCACAUGAACUAGGUCACUAUGUCAAAUAAUAGAAAAAACGACGUCAUACUCAAAACUGGGUCAUGUGGGAAGAGGUGAGCGAUUCAGGACCAUCAUGGUCCUCUUGUUUUAUUCAUGUAUUCCCUUUAUACAGUGAAAAUAGCUUCAAACGGGCUAAACAUUUCUACUACGAUAACAAAGGGAUACAGCUGAGGAGUAUUGGACAUGGGAGAGGAAUUGCUCUUGCUUAUUUAUGCUUUUUAUGGCUCAGCCUCUUUAGAUUUAAACAUGAUUUGAAUAUACAGUAUGCACAGUGCCGCAUUAUGCAAAUUUUGACCAUCUCUAUACAUGUGCUUCUGAACUAUUUUAAAAAUAUGCUGUGUACAAAUAUAGUACAUGUUUUUAUUCUGAACAUAUUUAUGUGUUUGCCAUUUUAGAUUAAGACAGUUUACAAGUUUCAGUGUUGCAUGUUGGAAGGUGGCUGUUCUUAUUUGAUCUUUGUUUUCUAUAAACUUGGGAACAUUUCAGUGAGUAAUUUUCACUUAUAUAGAGGAUAUUACAUGAGUGUCUUUUCAUAUUGAAUUUAUUAAAUAAUGAAUUGAAUAAAACAACAGCGUGAGGCUCUGCCGAGCAUUUCAUCAAUUUUAUUCAAUAAGUUUAAUAAAUUCGAUGUGGAAAGUUACAAAUGUAAUAUUCUUUUUAUCACUUGUUAGCUUUUCCUGCCAAAACAUAAAAAAUUGACUUUCUUUAACUAUUAUAAACAAAUCAAUUUGACCAACGUCUCCAAUACUUUAAACGAUGUCUACGUCAAAGCUUUAUUACACUAGUGUAUUAUCAAAUUUAUGUAAUGGCUUUAUUUCACUCCGGCGACGUCAACCAUGAUAAAUUGCAUCAAGCCCUGCCUGCAGCUGAAGUCAUGUCAACUUUCAAGCUUUGAUGGUAGAGGAAGACCCAAUGUACCUUGGAAGAACCACUGACCAUCCAUAAAGCAGAUGGAUGACUUUGACUGCAAGGCUUGAACUGAUGAAUAUUAAGGGGAUGUGAUGCAGUGUCUGACAAAAAUCUUUGAAAAUAUAGUGUUACGUAUUUUCACCUUGUUACUUUGUCAGGGACAUUAGAAUUUUGAUUCCGGUGUAACUAAAAGUAUUUGGAAUUGAACAAGACAUUAAAUGAAUGCAUCUGUUUAUGAUAUAUAGUUAAAUAUGAAGGCAAUCAUUGUUCAGGAUGUUAUUACACAUUUGUUUGUUAAUGGAUCAAUUAUGCAUGUUAAAUUGUUCACAGGAAAGCUUUGAAAAUGAAAUGAAAUAAAUCCAGAGCAUAAUGUUUCA